GCCCCCGCCUCGGCUCGCCCCCGACCCAGCACCCUCUCCUAGGCAGCCCACCCGGAGACACGGAGCCCUCUCGCUUUCCACCCAGAGAAGACCAGCUCGGAAAUAUGGCAGCCCCGAUUCUCAGACACCACGUCCCUGGGUCCUGGCCACCCCCGUGUCAGCCCGUUGGGCCGAGGAGUUUCCGUGUGUGCCUCUCACGGGAGGCAGUCCAGGGUUGCCACGCGCACAGGCCUGGGGGGCUCAGAGUCCCACUCGUCUCCCGUGGUCAGGGGUCCGGGCUGCAGAUCACAACAGCACCAGCUGAGGGGUGCAGGUUCCACACCGUCACCCCCCCCGGGCUGGCCGCCAUCCCCGGUGCAGGGACCUGGGCCCCGUGCAGCUCAGGCAGCCUGGGGAGGACCCGCUGGGGGCCACUGGGGGCUUCUGUCCUCUCGGGAGGACAGUCUUGUCCACGGAGUGAGGAGCCUUGGGCCGGCCUUCCGGAUGUCUGGAGAUGGGCAUGGCUGCCCCGUGGUGUUUCUCUGCAGGAUUUGGUGGAACAAGACUGCAAUGGGGACAUGCCAAACCUGAGCUUCUACAAAAAUGAGAUCCGGUUCCUGCCUAACGGCUCGUUCAUCGAGGACAUUCUUCAGAACUGGAAGGACGACUACGCCCUCCUGGAGGACAACCACUCCUACAUCCAGUGGCUGUUUCCUCUGCGGGAGCCAGGGGUGAACUGGCACGCCAAGCCCCUCACCCUCAGGGAGGUCGAGGCGUUCAAAAGCUCCCGGGAGGUCAUGGAGCGGUUUGUCCAGGCCUAUGAGCUGAUGCUCGGCUUCUACGGGAUCGAGCUCGAGGACAGGGACACGGGCAGAGUGCGCCGAGCACGGAACUACCAGAGGCGCUUCCAGAACCUGAACUGGCACAGCCACAACAACCUCCGCAUCACGCGCAUCCUCAAGUCGCUGGGCCAGCUGGGCUUGGAGCGCUUCCAGGCGCCGCUGGCGCGCUUCUUCCUGGAGGAGGCGCUGGUGCGGCGGCAGCUGCCCGGCGUGCGCCAGAGCGCCCUGGACUACUUCGUGUUCGCCGUGCGCAGCCGGCGCCAGCGCCGCGAGCUCCUGCGCUUCGCCUGGGAGCACUUCCGGCCGCGCUGCAAGUUCGUCUGGGGGCCCCACGACAAGCUGCGGGCGUUCCGGCCCCGCUCCCCGCCCCGCGCGCCUGGGGUACCGGGCCCGGCGGAGGGGACCCUCGACGAGGCCCGCGGCGCCCAGGGUGGGAGCCGGGAGCCGGGGCGGGACGAGGGCGGGGACGGGGCGGCCGCGCGGUGCCGGCCGCCGAGUGGGAAGCCCCAGGAUGCGGGAGGCUUGGAGAGCGAGGGAGGCGCGGGGGUCGACGCGGGGAGCGCCGGGGAGCGGGGGCCGGAGCCGCCGAGCCCCAAGGAGAACAAGAAACGGAAACUGGAGGUGAACCGGCGCGAGCAGGGCCCGGGGGAGCCGGGCGCCUCGAGCCCCUCGGAGGUGGAGAAAAUCGCCCUAAACCUGGAGGGGUGCGCGCUCGGCCAGGGCAGCCUCGGGGCGGGGGGUGCCCAGGACGCGGGUCCCCAGGCCCCCGAGGCGGACGAGCAGCAGCCCGGCCCCGAGCUCGCGGGUCCCAAGGCGGCCGACGACGUGAGGAAGCGACGGAAGACGGACGCGGCCGACCCGGAGGCGGCCACCGCCUGGCUGCCUGCCCCGUCGGGGCGCCCCGAGGCCGGGGAGGGCGACAGCGGGGCCCGCGAGGAGGCAGCGGGGGAGAGGGCGGGGAGCGCCCCUGGGAGCCCGUCGGAAGCGCCUCCCGCCGGACCCCGGGAGCCCUGAAGGGAGGGGGCGAGCCGCCCGCGGGUGGGGGCGGAUCUCGGAAUCUUUACCUCGACCUGGCUGUCGCCGGUCGUUCUCUUUGUAAACUAGCCCUGGAGGGUCUGGGGAGGGAGGGGCUCAAUUUCUUAGUCUGGUGCCAAGGCCUUUUCUGAAUAAACUGCUUUAAUUUGA